AGAUCUUGUGUUCAGUCUUGUUUUAUCCACCAGUAUUAUAUGUUUUAUCCUUGUAUAAUGAGAAGGGUGGAGAUGCCAGGAUUACAGCUGACCAUAGACAUUACACGUCUAGAUCUUCUCUGGUUAUGGAGACUGCUGGUUGGAAUAAGGAAGUAACAGGUUGGAUUUAUACUGGAGACCUGCAGAUAUUUGGGUCAGAUAACUCUUGCUGUCCGGUCAUUUUUAGUUGUAAUUCUUAAUAACUGACAUCUAAAACAUUCCACAUGACUUCUCCAACUGUCUGAUGACUUUAACAAUAUUUGUUCCUCAGGUUCUGUAUCCGGGUGAAGAUCUGAACAUUAUAUAUGUUACAGAGACAGAUGUGAAGGGUGAGGAGCAAAGUAUAGAGGACAUUCCUACAGAUAACCGUCCAGAUGACUGCAGCGGGAGCUUAGAGGGACAUCUUAAAUCUGCACGUUUUAAAGCAAUCAAUUACAGUAUAACAGAAGAUACAUAUGAAGAGCAUUCUAUUAUCUCAGAUACAUCAUCCAUAAUUUAUAGCAAAGAUCUAUCACCUGAUUCUCUCAAGCAGGUCCGAUCUUCUGAUUUAUCACAGACUGUUAAGCAAAACAAAGGUCAUGGAAGGGGUGAACAUCAUAGCGCUCACACAGUAAAGAAAUUAUUUUCAUGUUCAGAAUGUGGAAAAGGUUUUAACAAGAAAUCAAAUCUUGUUGUACAUCAAAGAAGUCACACAGGGGAGAAGCCGUUUUCAUGUUCAGAAUGUGGGAAAUGUUGUAGUGUUAAAACAGAUCUCAUUAGACAUCAGAGAACUCACACAGGGGAGAAGCCAUUUUCAUGUUCAGUGUGUGGGAAAUCUUUUAACCAGAAAUCAAGUCUUGUUAUACAUCAGAGAAUUCACACAGGGGAGAAACCAUUUUCAUGUUCAGAAUGUGAUAAAUGUUAUAAUGGUAAAACAGAUCUUAUUAGACAUCAAAGAAUUCACACAGGGGAAAAGCCAUUUUCGUGUUCAGAAUGUGGAAAAUGUUUUUACCACAAUUCGGUUCUUGUUGCUCAUCAGAAAAUUCACAACAGGGAGACACCAUUUUCGUGUUCAGAGUGUGGGAAAUUUUUUAAUCGGAAAUUAGAUCUUGUUGUACAUCAGAGAACUCACACAGGGGAGAAGCCAUAUUCAUGUUCAGAAUGUGAGAAAUGUUAUAGUGUUAAAAUAGAUCUCAUUAGACAUCAGAGAACUCACACAGGAGAGAAGCCAUUUCUAUGUUCAGAAUGUGGGAAAUCUUUUAACCAAAAAUCAUAUCUUGUUGUACAUCAGAGAAUUCACACAGGGGAGAAGCCAUUUUCAUGUUCAGAAUGUGGGAAAUAUUUCAACCAAAGGUCAGCACUUGUUAAGCAUCAGACACUUCAUACAGGAAAAAAGCCAUUUUCAUGUUCAGAAUGUGGAAAAUGUUUCAACCAAAGGUCAGCGCUUGUUAAACAUCAGACACAUCAUACAGUGAAGAAGCAGUUUUCUUGCCCAGAAUGUGGAACAUGUUUUGCUGAGGAAUCAAAUCUUGUUGAUCAUCAGAAAUUCUCACACUAAGGGCUCGUUCACACGAACAUUUUUUGUGUUCCGUAUACGGAAUGGUUCCAUGGUUUCGCAAAAAAACUGAAUGUACUCCGUAUGCAUUCUAUUUCCGUUUUUCCGUUCAAAGAUGGAACA